AUGGGCAAUUAAUGCUGUUCUCAAACUUCAAAUAUCACUCAAUCUUCAAAAGAAAUUCUAAAUCCUAUUCGUUAAGAUAGUGGAAUCAAAUCUUUAGGGGAUUCAAUUUAAAUUGGACAAUUUGGAGAUCUGAUCUAAUAACAUUGUUAAUUGUAUCAAUAUUAAGAUGGAGAUGGUUUACUAUCUCCUCCACCAUUAUCUCCAAAAUAAUAACAUGUUAUUGUUUAUCUUGAACCUAAAAUAGUGAUUGAUGAAUCAAUUCACUUUUAAAAUGAUGUAAUGAAAGGAAUAUUAAGUGCACGAUCACAUGAAUGCUAUUCUGAUUCUGCUUGUAGUUCAAAUAAUUGUAGAGAUAAACCAUCAAAAAGAGUCUAAUUUAAAGAGUAAUCAAUAUAUUGA